AUGGCCGGCGCCUCGGACCAGCCGGUACCGGCGGAGUUACGCGCCACCCCCCCUCAGAUCCCCCACUCUACAUCUUCACCUCUGGGACCACUGGUCUUCUCUGUUCCAGGGCUCCCAAGGCAGCGGUGAUCACCCACCUGCAGAGCCUGAAGGCAGCAGCGGGGUUCUGGGCGUUCGGAGCCACUCAGGAGGAUGUGAUGUACAUCUGUCUGCCGCUGUACCACAGCGCCGCCUCCUUGAUCGGGAUAGGAGGAACCAUAGAGCUAGGUGCCACCUGCGUCUUGAAGAAGAAGUUCUCGGCCUCCCAGUUCUGGAAGGACUGUAGGAAACAUGACGUCACUGUUUUCCAGUAUAUUGGUGAACUGUGCAGGUACCUGUGCAACCAGCCCAAGACAGACGAGGAUAAGGUUCACAAGGUGCGGAUGGGAGUCGGGAACGGUCUGCGGCAGGACGUCUGGCGGGAGUUCCACAGUCGCUUUGGGAACGUCCGGAUGUGCGAGGUGUACGGCUCCACCGAGGGAAACCUGUGUUUCAUGAACCAUAUUGGCAAGAUCGGAACUGUGGGCCGCUCCAACUUCUUCUACAGGCUCCUGUUCAAGUAUGACCUGAUAAAGUAUGACAUGGUGAAGGAUGAACCAGUCACCGAUCAGAAUGGUUUCUGUCAGCGAGUGGAAAUGGGCGAGACGGGGCUUUUGCUGUCCAAGGUGGGCGCCACCAGCCCCUUCUUUGGCUACGCUGGGAGCAAGCAGCUGACGGAGAAGAAGCUGAUGAGGAACGUGUUUGUGAAGGGCGACGCCUACUUCAACACGGGCGACCUCAUGGCUGAAGACCUGGAGGGCUUCAUCUGUUUCAGGGACCGGGUGGGAGACACCUUCAGGUGGAAGGGUGAAAAUGUAGCAACAACAGAGGUGACAGAGACGCUCGGGAUGGUGGAUUUUAUCCAAGAAGUCAAUGUAUACGGAGUAGAAAUACAAGGGCACGAGGGCAGAGCGGGCAUGGCGGCCAUGAUCGUACGACCGGGACACGCGUUCGACGAGAAGCUGUUUUAUCACGUGGCGAGGGAUCCAGCGUACGCUCGGCCCCUCUUCAUCCGGCUCCAGGAGGAGAUGGAAAUGACGAGCACCUUCAAGCAGCAGAAGUUCCAUCUGGUUCAGAGCGGCUUCAACCCCGCCACCAUCUCAGAUCUUCUCUAUGUGUUGGACUACUCCCAGGAGAGCUACAUUCCUCUAACAGACAGUAUCUACCAGAGCAUCAUCGCCGGAGAACGUAAGCUAUAGAACUCCCCAAGUAAGGAAGAGAUGACUCAGCUGGAAUCAGUCGCACGCAGAUGGAUAGAACUGAGCUCUGCGUGCUGCGGCGCGUCAUACUCAGGAAACCAGCGGGCCUGCAGUCACGUUCAAUGAUCUACUGAAGUGUGAAUGAAAAGCCAUCGCCCGGUCCGUGAAGAGCAGCCAUGAUGACUUGAUCAAAUACUGUGAACAGUAAUGUCGCUGAGAUUUCUAUGUUAAACAAAACAUCACAUUAGUAAUGUGAACCUGAACGUAUCACUAUGAAAUCAGCCUUAUUUCACCGCCCACACAUGCUAAGAAACAUCUUAUCAAAAAGCUCUUAAUAUGUAUAUCAAUUCAGCAGAUUGUGAUGUUAUUACACGGAUUUGGGCUAAAUUAAUAGAUACAUAAUAAAUGAAUGAACUGUUCCAUA